CAGACAGCCUGGCUAUUAAAGCUCUCUGCCUGCUGCCUGCCGGCGCCCCACUGCUCCCCACUGCUCUCCACUGCCAAGAUGAAGCUUCCUGACUGGCGCUGGCUGAGCUCAGCUAUCCUAGCUGCUUGUGGCUUGGUGGUGGUGGCAAGCAAUGAAACGGAGGAAAUUAGAGAUGCAAGGGCAAAGGACUCCUGCCUGGCAACCCUGGAAAGUGGAGGGAAAUGCUCCUCUGUGGGCCAGUGCCCCUACCAGGUGACCCUGCCCCCACUGGCCAUUCAGCUCCCCCAGGAGUUCGGCAGAAUAGAGGAGGUGUUCAAAGAAGUCCAGACUCUCAAGGACAUGGUGAACAGCCUCAAGAAAUCUUGCCAGGACUGUAAGUUGCAAGCUGAUGACCACGGAGAUUCAGGACUGGGGGUGCCUGGCACAGGAGCCCCUGGAGAGGCUGGGGACAACAGGGUGGAAGAAUUGAAGAAUGAGGUGAGCAAGCUGUCCUUGGAGCUGAAGACUGCAAAGGAGGAGAUCGACGUGCUGCAGGGUCGCCUGGAGAGGCUGAAUCUUGUAAAUAUGAACAACAUAGAAAAUUAUGUCGACAGCAAAGUGGCCAAUCUCACGUCUGUGCUCAACAGUUUGGACGGCAAAUGUUCAUCCACGUGUCCCAGUCAAGGGCAAAUCCAGUCACGGCCAGUUCAACAUCUAAUAUAUAAAGAUUGUUCUGACUACUACGUAAUAGGCCAAAGAAGCAGUGAGACCUACAGGGUUACCCCAGACCCCAAAAACAGUAGCUUUGAGGUGUACUGUGACAUGGAGACCAUGGGGGGAGGCUGGACCGUGCUGCAGGCUCGUCUUGAUGGAAGCACCAAUUUCACCAGAACAUGGGAAGACUACAAAGCAGGCUUCGGAAACCUCCGGCGAGAGUUUUGGCUGGGAAAUGAUAAACUUCAUCUUCUUACCAAGAGCAAGGAAAUGAUCUUGAGAAUUGAUCUUGAAGACUUUAAUGGUGUCAAGCUGUAUGCCCUAUAUGACCAGUUUUAUGUGGCCAAUGAGUUUCUCAAAUACCGUUUACACAUUGGCAACUACAAUGGCACAGCUGGGGAUGCCUUACGUUUUAGUAAGCAUUACAACCAUGAUCUGAAGUUUUUCACCACCCCAGACAGAGACAAUGAUCGCUAUCCCUCUGGCAACUGCGGGCACUACUACAGCUCAGGGUGGUGGUUUGAUGCAUGCCUUUCUGCAAACUUAAACGGCAAAUAUUAUCACCAAAAGUACAAAGGUGUCCGUAAUGGGAUUUUCUGGGGCACUUGGCCCGGUAUGAGUGAGUCACAGCCUAGUGGCUACAAGUUCUCUUUCAAAGAGGCCAAAAUGAUGAUUAGACCUAAGCACUUUAAGCCAUAAAUCACUAUUGUUCAUUUUCUAUCCAUUUAUUAUCAAUAGGGCAAUGGAUUCCUAUUCCCUUUUUAUGACUAAAAAUUGUCUCUGAGUAGCAGAUUCUUAUGCUACAUAGCUUUUGAAAAAAUGUGCAUUUAAAAAGACUCAUCUGAGACUACUGUCCAAUGCAUGCAUGAAAGCAUUGAGAAUUACACAUUUUAUUUGUAAAUCUUUUUAAUUUCUAUUAAUUGAGGAGUUCACUAUUAUUUGUAUUACUUUCUAAAAUAAAAAAAAUGUUUAUUCAAUAAGAGAUUCUCAGAAGCAACUAUUAUGCCUGUGUCUAGACAAGCACAUUAAAAAAAUACACUCUUUUUCUAAAAAUUAUUUGUAUGUAUGUCUCUAAAUACUGAGAUAAACUUACUAAAAUUGUUGCAUUUACUUUGGGUCAAGAAAAUAGUACAGCAUUUUAGUUCCCAAACAAUGGAAAAUAUGCAUGAUUCGCCUAUUUGUGUAAUAUACACAGAAUGUGGAAUUCGGCAUUAAAGUUGGGCAUGGUGUUGCACGCCUGUAAUUCAGCAAUAGGGAGGCUGAGGCAAGAGGAUUGUGAGUUUGAGCUCAGCCUGAGCUAAAUAGUGAGAUUUUGUCUAAAAACAAACAAACAAAAAAGACCCCCAAAAAUCCGAGGCCUAAAAUACCUUAAAAUGUGAUAACCUCACGUCACCCUCCAAACACUUAGAAAACAAUGGAAUUCAUUAGUAGUGUAUGAAUUGUUUGAUGCUGGAUAGCAAACAAUAUAAAGGUUGCCCACUAUUGUGCUAGACUACUGGUAGACUGUCUUUUAGGGGGUAUGGUGGUAUGGAGGAAAAACAAUUUAUGUGCACUUUGAAAGCCUGUUUUUGAAUCUAAAGAAAUGAUAUUGUUGAGUAAUACACUCAACUUAGCUUCAGAAGCACUUAUGUUUUCUAUGAAUAAAUUUAUUUAUUAAAAACAUGAUUUUUGAAAUAUAUGUUAAACAUUUGAACUCUAGAAGAUUGCUUAUUUCACUAUCAUAAAUUCAAAAGUAUGUGUUUAUUUUUUAAGAGAGUGCCUAUUGAUUUUAAUAAGUUUUGGGUAUAAUUUGUGGGGAAGUCAGCAAAUACACACCUAUGAAAAUACUCUCUCUUCGCAUAUUAUUUUAAAGGAUCACAAUUUUUGUACUUUUAUGACAUUUUUCUACUAAAUUCCUUGACAAAUAAAUUUCUUUUUGGAACAAUUUCAUGUCAGUCACUAUAAAAUAUAUUGUAGUUUGAUAAUCUUUAACAUGUUGAUGGAAAUAAAUUAUACUUGAUUCUCCUUUACCUUAGCAUGAUACUCCACUAAUAUAUGCCACUGUUAAU